CUGGGCCUAACCUCUUCUUAUGCAUUGCGUAGUAUACUCGCGGUAACAGUGUUUGUGAAAUUAAAUUGAAGAAUAUGCAGCGCGUUGUUAAAUGCCCGAAACGGUAUUUACCUUCGGCGAACGAUAUUUUUAAAUUGGCGUCAACUGUUGCGGGAAAAUAUAACUCGAUACUGAGUAGACCUGAUUUCAGACUGGUUCUGAAUCGUGUCCAUCGAUUCUCACGAUGUCUGUCGUUUCACGGUCCAAUGCAUAUGCGAAUGCAUAAGGAGGUACGCGCCAUUUAUACCUUGUUACGACGUAGCGGAUUUGAUAGUGAUUCAAAACUACCCUGCUUUUAUCAUGGCAGACGAAGCUUCUGUACCACGGGUACGAAUAAUAGCAAUAGAGCGGCAGGUGACGGCCGUGCUGGAGAGCCCUCAUCUCAAAAUUCAGGAGAUAAUCCGAAAAAAAAUGACGAUGACAAAGUUUCUAAUAUUGUUCGCAAGUAUUUAAUGUGGAUUACAACUUUUUGGCUAAUUGUCAGCUUGGUAUCGAUGUUAACACCGAAUAAUAGUCAACGGGAGCAGAGUGUGUACGUGUCAUGGAAUGAUUUUCUCCACCACAUGCUCUCCAAAGGUGAAGUAAAAGAGUUGAUACUUCGACCUCAAAUAGAUGUGGUAAUGAUAAUCUUACACCCAGAAGCUGUAAUUAAAGGCCGUAAGGUUGGAAAUGUUAUGUACCUAAUGACGGUAAGCGACUUAGAUCGUUUCGAAGAAAAAUUGAGGGCUGCUGAAGACAAACUCAACAUAAGACAAGAGGAUCGAGUGCCAAUUUCUUAUGAUCGCAGCCAUAUUACUGCAAGCCAAACGACCAUGGUUCUUAUUGCAACUGCUCUACUUGCACUUCUUCUCAGUCGCUUUCGUUCUAUAAAACCGUCUAUCAAUAUGGAAGGGUUUCGUCAGAUGACUCGUGCUAAAUUCACUCUUGUCGAUCCAUUAACUGGUAGGGGCAAGGGUGUACGGUUCGACGAUGUAGCUGGCCUACAGGAGGCAAAGACCGAAGUAAUGGAAUUUGUUGAUUAUUUGAAACAUCCAGAGCAUUACAAAACUCUAGGGGCAAAGGUUCCAAAAGGUGCUAUACUUUUGGGUCCUCCUGGUUGCGGAAAAACACUCCUAGCCAAGGCUGUAGCAACGGAGGCAAAUGUACCAUUUUUGUCUAUGAAUGGCUCAGAGUUCAUUGAAAUAGUUGGAGGGUUGGGUGCAGCUAGGGUCAGGGACUUAUUUAAGGAAGCAAAAUCACGGGCGCCAUGCAUAAUAUAUAUUGAUGAAAUCGAUGCAAUCGGGAAAAAACGUGCCUCAGGAAUGUCAGCCAGUGGUUCGGGAUCUUCCGAGGCUGAUCAGACAUUGAAUCAACUCCUGGUAGAAAUGGAUGGAAUGGCUUCUAAAGAAGGUGUCAUUAUGCUAGCAUCGACUAAUCGAGCAGACGUAUUAGAUAAGGCUCUACUUAGACCUGGGAGAUUCGAUAGGCAUAUAUUAAUCGAUUUACCAACACUUGACGAGCGAGAGCAAAUAUUCAAGCAUCAUCUCAAGGGAAUAAAGCUGGAAUUAGGACCUGAGGCGUAUUCCAAGAGAUUGGCACACCUCACUCCCGGAUUCAGCGGAGCGGACAUCGCAAACGUUUGCAAUGAAGCGGCGUUGCAUGCCGCAAGAUUUAAAAAAAAAAUUGUGAGCUCUGCCGAUGUUGAAUACGCAGUCGAUCGUGUGGUUGGAGGAACAGAAAAAAGACAAAAUUCGAUGUCACCUACAGAGAAACGUACAGUCGCAUACCAUGAGGCUGGGCAUGCUCUUGUUGCAUGGAUGCUAGAGCAUACCGAUGCCCUAUUGAAGGUCACAAUCAUUCCAAGAACUAAUCAUCGCCUGGGAUUCGCACAAUAUACACCUACCGAUCAAAAGCUAUAUACUACAGAGCAGCUGUUCGACAGAAUGUGCAUGGCUCUCGGCGGUCGGGUGGCCGAAAGUGUCACAUUCAACCGAGUCACAACCGGAGCUAAAAGUGAUCUGACAAGGGUUACACGUAUGGCCUAUGCCCAGGUGCAACAGUUUGGCAUGAGUUCUACAGUGGGUUUGGUAUCGUUUGAUAAAGAAGUAACCAGUCAGAAAUCCAAAAAACCCUACAGCAAAAAGCUAGCUAAUAUGAUGGAUGUAGAAGCAAGGCGAUUGAUCAGCCAGGCCUAUAAAAGAACCGAACAACUACUUGUUGCUGAAAAAUUGAAACUUGAGCUGAUAGCCGAAGCACUGUUGGAUAAGGAAACAUUAAAUUACAACGAUGUCGUAGCAUUGAUUGGCCCACCGCCAUAUGGGCAAAAAAAUUUAAUUGAACCAGCUGACUUUGAGGCAUCCAUCGGUACUCUCGAGGACGCCAGACCGCCCUUGUCGACGAAACCUACAGAAACAAACGAUUCCGAACCAAAUUCCAACUAAUAACCUGCAAAAAGGAAGUUUUACGGGCAUAUCUUUACAUUGUAAGUCGGCGAUGGACAGAGUUGCAAUGUUUAUUGACUAUGGUAAGGCACGGUUGCAAUAUCAUUUGACGUUGUUUCUAGGGUUUACUCAAUACCUACAGAAUUCGGUUUACCUGUAUAGCUGUGGCCACUGCAAUCCAUUAACAGUGCACCUUU